AUGGAGCAACGACGCUUCUUUGGUAUACCCCUGAGGAAAACUGGGGAAGGGAUACGCAUUUCGUGGGACGCGCACGCGUAUCCACAACAAGCUUUGAUCAGCAGAAGCCGCCCCAUCAGAUCCAACAUCGGGACGACGGGAACAUUAGAUAAAAUAAGCCACCCACCAUCCUCAGCCCUUCAAAACGUGGCCUACCCCUACGUACUCAAGUGCAGCGCAAUGGCGUGGUCAGUCCAGAAGAAAAAACCUCCAGCCGUGCUUCUCAUCAAGGCCGGCGUUGUUCUGCUUGUCAUUUAUUUUCUCCUCUCCGUAUUCCUGCCCUCUGUACCACUUUGGACCCCUCUGAACCUCUCAUCACUCCACGCCAACAAAACCGACACCUUCUCAAACGUCGCCGCAAUCAUCGAAGACCGGCCUCUGAGCAAUCUCGCGCCAUUAAUAUUGCAUUUCUCCUCAGUCCUCGGUCCAGACUGGCCAAUUGUGCUCUUCACCUCCACGGGAAGCAGUCUGCUAAACCAAUCGGCCGCCUUCCAGCGAGCCGUGGACGAGGGCAGGAUAUCUAUAUGGGCGCUGCCAGAGGAUACGCAUUUUGAAAACCAUGCGGCUGUUUCGGAACUUCUCACCGCGCCAUGGUUCUGGGAGCAGCUGGCGCCAGCCGGACACGUUCUCCUGUUCCAAGCCGAUAGCAUAAUCUGCGCGAACUCCGAGCUUCGCAUGGAAGACUACCUGCAGUACGAUUUCGUCGGAGCGCCGGUCGAUGUGCCAGUAGGGGGGACAGCUGGCCACGGCGAGGGAUAUAAUGGGGGAUUAUCGUUGCGGAAUCGCUCGAUGGUACUUGAUAUUGUGAAGCAGGAUAGUUGGAAAGGGGAGAUGGAAUCUGGGGCAAUCAGUCAGGAGGGGUGCGUGACGAAGGCUCCGUGCUUGAAGUUUGAGGAUCAGUGGUUUUAUCAUAAGAUGAAAGAUAUACCCGGUGCGAGUCUGCCUAGCAAGGAAGUUGCUUCUACUUUUGCCGUCGAGACCGUUUGGUAUGAUACGCCGCUUGGGUAUCAUCAGGUGGAGAGAUGGAAUGCAAAUAGGAUGGAUAAGGUGGCACAGUGGUGUCCGGAGUAUAAAAUGGCCACGACGGAUUUGCUUGUUAAGCAUGGGAAGGCGAAGGGGUCAUAA